UUCUGUAUAUUGUACGUUCGUUCACCACUUCAGCUUUCCAAAAGAAACUUCAAAAAUUACUGAGGGUUAUUCUUUAAAAUAGUAACUGAGGUCAGUCAUGUCAGUAUGAAUGUGGAUAGAUUCUCGAUGUCUGCUGAGGAGUAUUUGGCAAGCCAACAUGUCUUGCACUAUCUGGCAGACGCCGUCAGCCAGUUAAUGGAACAUAAGGAGGACAACCCAAAGGUCAACCCUGCUAGAUUCCUCCAGGAUUACUUUGUCAGCGUUCAGCAAGGUAAUCACACCCUCUUUCGGGAGUAUGACUUUGUGCAAGCCACGCCCCACAACAGAGCCUCCUUUGUCAGAAUCUUUUGGAAGUGCUUCCGCCAUAUUGGUGAAAAUGGAGAUCUGUUGAAUGUCAGAGAGUAUCAUUCUUUGCUUUGUCUUCUGUGUCCUGAUUUCCCCUUUCAUCUGGUCCAGCAGACGGCUCGCAUAAUCUUCAUGGAGGACGCUAUGGAUUCACUCACGUCAUUUGCCGACUUCCUCUACGCUUUCCAAGUCCAGUUUUACUAUGAAGACUUCCUGCAAGUAUGUUUCUCAAUCUACAACCGUCUGAUAUCCUCAGCCCAGAGCCCCAGGGAGGCAGUCUACAUCCCCAGCGAAACCUCCCCCAGACAGGAGAAGAAACAGCCCCGCCCCUUGGAUCAGGCUGCGCCGGAGGGCGUGGACUGUAGGCUAUUCUUGGAGGCGGUAGCCAAGGAGUGCAGCGAUGCAGCGUACAGUCAUCCUCCCAUGGCCUGCCUGCGGGAACUUCUGAACAGCGCCCCCAGGGUAUCAUUCUACGGCUUUCUGAUGGGUCUGGCAAAGAGCCAAGUCAUCAACGACGCCAUUGAGAUGCUCCCAGCCAAAGGCUCGUUGUAUGAGGAAUCGGAUCAGGACUUGACAUCUGCAGUGGCCAAAGUACGAUUACCCUCAUCGGGAACGGAUGACAGGUAGACUUCCAGGUACCAGCUGAAGGCAUCCUGCCUCCCUCAUUAUCCAGCCAACCCCGCCCCCCCCUAGCAAAUUUCCGGCUUCGACCCUGCCUUGCACAGUGAACAUGUGACCAUAUUUCCUGCGGUGCAAUCUGCGAUUUUUUCAGAGUCACUUUGACCAUUCAGUGGACUGGUACAAGUUUAGACAUUUGACUUACACUGUAAUACAUUUUCCGUCUGGAUCGUUGGAAGUUACAAGUAUAAUGUAAAUAUUUGCUGGCUUGUUUUUUUAAAAUAACAAAUGUAUAAACAGUGCCUUUCGUUGUUUACAUAAUUUACAUGUAGAUAAAAGCAAGGUUGGAUUUAUGAGUGUUAAAGUAUAAAGAAUAAAAUAUAAAUGAUAAAACCAA